AUGAGCUCCCCAAUCUCCGCAAUCAAAAGGAGAGCAUGCGUGGCGUGCACCACCGCCAAGGCGAAGUGUACGCCACAGUCUGCCAACCUGUGCCAGCGGUGCGCUCGUCUAGGCAAGUCGUGCACGUACCUUGACCUUCCGCAGACAAAGCGUAAGCAGAGACAGAAGGCUGCACCGAGCCGUGUAGAGCUCCUAGAGAAGAAAGUCGACCAGCUCUUGUCCCAGCUGGCUACCUUGACGCAACAGCAGAACGGACAGACAUUAUCGCCUGAUACCUCUACUAAUGAUAGUCUACCGACUAACAGUAAAGACCUGCACACAUCUUCUCAUGAUUCCUCCUCCCAAGGAAGUUCAACGGACACAGACAUAGCCGCGCUGCUAGACGCAGCUAAAGACCCAUCCCAUGGCCCUAAUCCAUCAACCAGCUCUGUCCUCGCGGGCCAACCAUCACUCGUAGACCGAGGGCUCUUGAGUCCAGCUGAGGCCGAGCGUAUGCUCACUUUUUUCAAAGCUGACUUCGCUGCCAAAUUCCCGUUUGUUUUGAUCCCGCACGGCGAGACAGCCGAUCGACUCAGGGUUCAAGAGCCGUUUCUAUUCUUGUGUGUCGUCGCUGCGACGAUGGGCAGUGCGCACCCUCUGCGCAAGAUCGUCGCUGAGGAGAUUAUGAACCAUGUUACCUCGAGGAUUGUAGCCCGGUCUGAGAGGAAUCUCGAGUUGCUUCGUGGAUUGUUGGUUCAUUGUGCGUGGUACACGUAUCCUGCUGAGAAGUAUCAUCCAAGGCUGUUGCUGUUGAUUCAGCUUUGUGUUGCGAUUGUGCAUGAUUUGGGGUUGCAUAGGAGGGAUGGGUUGGGUGUGGAUGAGCAGAGGGCGCUGUUGGGGACGUAUUGGUUGUCUGUUGGGUUCUGUGGCACACUGGGUAGACCUAUUACCAUGAAGCAUGAUAGUCAAAUUGACGUAUGCCUCAAGAGUCUAGCAUCAUCUACUACCACUACCACCGAGUAUCCAUCAGACCGCUGGAUCGCACCAUUCAUCCAUCUACAGUCAUUCAUGGCAACGAUGGACGAAGUCUACGCUUCGAUGCCACCAACCGGCGGAAGUGCCCUCGUGCAAGUCACGCGCGGCUCUCUACAGCGACAAUUCGACAACCUACGGACAUCCAUAGAGAAAGACCUCCCAAGCUGCCCUCCAUUAACAGCAACCGCCCUCACCACCGAACUCAAAUACACCGAAAUGCGACUCGACGACCCAUCCCUCCGCGAAGACCUCUGGACCACAGACCCCGCCACGACCAUCAUCCGAACAACCAUGCUGAUGAUUCUCAUCCAACGAAGCAAGGAACUCAUCCAGAUGGUCGCGAACCUCCCCGUAUCAGAGAUCCCCCAAUUAACCGUCAUAACGAACGCCCGUAUCUGCGCCGCAGUGGGAUACAUCCCCACUGCUGUUUUGGCACUUCUCAAUCUUAUAAAGCACACUUCUUCUUCUUCUUCCUCAACACCGUACCAAGACCAAAUCCAAAUCCAAACCAUAAUUACCACAGCAGACUACCCCAACCUGGUCACUUCGCUAGCCACAGCACUAGAAACCAAGCUCCAACAUGAACAGGGGAAACCGAUAUUAUCCGCCACAGACAAAGAGAUGGACGUGGUUAGGGGGUUGGUGAUGGGACGAGAUACAUUAAGGGUGGAGGAUACUACGUCGUUGUCCACGGCGACUACUUGUACGGAUCAUCAGCUGGAUGUUAGUAGGGGUGAGGUUGAUGGUGAGAUGGUAUCCCAGGACUGGAUGCCUGAUAAUAAUGAUGGUAAUAGUAUGUAUGACGAUGUGGAGGGUAUGUUUAAUGUGGAUGAUAUUCAGUGGGAUGCGCUAUUGAGGGAUUUUACGACGGGGUUUGGGUAG